UGGCCCCUUAUUCCCCCAAACAAACAUCCUCUUCGAGGUGGAGAUUGCAGAGGCAUACACACCUCUGUUCUCCCUCCUUUGCUUCGUUCCCAUACCAAUUAAUCAACCACUUUCACCUCCACAUGGCCUAAGAAGCCAUAAUCUUCUAUUGACGUCUGCAUUUGCACGGCGGUCGCCAGCGAUUGGGCACGACGGGCAUGGCGUCCCGCCGGCAUGUCCUGAUUGCUGCACUUAUUAUGGUUGGGGUUCUCGAAUUCGCCAACGCAGACAAAUACAAGCCAACUGAGUCCAUACUUGUGAACUGUGGUUCAGACAAGGAGGGCCAGGACAUCGACGGCAGAAAAUGGCUUUCUGAUAAGGACAGUAAGUGGCUCAUCGACGGCGAGAAGUCAUCUAUCAUGGCAAAUGCAGAUUUCCAAGAUCCCUCCCUCCCAUCGCCGGUGCCGUAUAUGACGGCGCGGGUGUUCACCAAGGAGACCAUGUACAACUUCUCCGUUGGGGAGGAGCGCCACUGGGUUAGGUUACACUUCUACCCUGCGUCCUACCACGAUCUGCCCGCCGAGAACUUCUUCUUCUCGGUGUCUACAUCCACCGGCAUCACGCUGCUAAAGAAUUUCAGCGUGUACAUCACCGCCAAAGCGCUCAGCCAGGCGUACAUCAUCAGGGAGUUCACACUCCCACCAUCAACAACUGGCUCCUUGUCGCUGAUCUUCACACCCACGGCGAUGAACAAUGCGUCCUACGCCUUUGUCAAUGGCAUUGAGAUCAUCUCGAUGCCCAACAUCUUCAGCCAAGCAGCAGCGAGUGUUGAUAUCGCCGGCAACGAGGUGAGCACCACUGACAGCAGCCUGCAGACUAUAUACCGCCUCAACGUCGGUGGUUCAUACGUGGCUCCGACAAAUGAUUCUGGGCUGUCACGUGACUGGUACGACGACACGCCAUAUAUCUAUGGUGCCGCAGUGGGUGUGACCUACCAGGCUAAUGACACUGUCCAGAUCAAGUACCCUAAAAAUGACCCUGAUGCAGAGUACGCUGCACCGGCAAGCGUAUACCUCACCAGCCGAUCAAUGGGGCCUGACCCGAAGGUGAACAAGAACUACAAAUUGACGUGGGUGUUCGAGGUGGAUGGCAACUUCACCUACAUCGUCAGGCUCCACUUUUGUGAGCUACUGCUCUCCAAGCCGAACCAGCGGGUGUUCGACAUCCUGAUCAAUAACAAAACCGCCCAGUCCGGGGCCGAUGUCAUCGGGUGGGGAGGUCAAUUUGUUCCAGUCUAUAAGGACUACGCCACAAUCAUGCCUGGUGGUGCUGGUGACAAGGUCCUGUGGGUACAGCUGAUGCCUAACGUUGGGAGUGGGUCAGAGUUCUUCGAUUCUCUUCUCAAUGGACUGGAGAUCUUCAAGAUGAGCGACUCUUCUGGCAACCUGGCCGGUCCGAAUCCCGACCCUUCCAAGUUGCUUGAGGAAGCUGAGUCCUCAGCUCAAGGGAAGUUCAAGUCCAAGCCUAGCAACCUCAAGGCCACCGUGAUCGGCGGUGCUGCAGGUGGCGCUGCCGCGUUUGGGAUUGUUGCGGCCAUCUGCAUCGUGGUGUAUCAAUCAAAGAAGAGGAAGGUGCUAAAUAACAGUGCAUCCCACUCAUCUGGAUGGCUGCCAGUGUAUGGUGGUAACUCGCACACAAGCACCAGCAAAUCGUCUGGUGGCAGAAGCGCCGCCCUGAUCAACCCAAACAUCACGGCCAUGUGCCGGCACUUCUCAUUUGGAGAGAUCAAGUCAGCAACGAAGAACUUUGAUGAAUCACUGGUGAUUGGAGUUGGUGGGUUUGGGAAGGUGUAUCGGGGUGUGGUUGACGGUGACACCAAGGUGGCUAUCAAGCGGAGCAACCCGUCGUCGGAGCAGGGCGUGCUGGAGUUCCAGACUGAGAUCGAGAUGCUGUCCAAGCUGCGACACAAGCACCUUGUCUCGCUCAUCGGCUGCUGCGAGGACGAGGGCGAGAUGAUCCUCGUGUAUGACUACAUGGCGCACGGCACGCUCCGUGAGCACCUGUACAAGGGUGGUAAGCCGGCUCUGUCAUGGAAGCAACGGCUCGAGAUCACAAUUGGCGCCGCUCGUGGACUUCACUACCUUCACACCGGUGCCAAGUACACCAUCAUCCAUCGUGACGUCAAGACGACCAAUAUCCUCGUCGACGAGAAGUGGGUCGCCAAGGUCUCUGAUUUUGGCCUGUCCAAGACUGGCCCGACGGCCAUGAACCAGACCCAUGUCAGCACCAUGGUCAAAGGAAGCUUCGGAUACCUCGACCCAGAGUACUUCCGGCGGCAGCAGCUCACGGAGAAGUCCGACGUCUACUCGUUCGGUGUCGUGUUGUUCGAGGUUCUGUGUGCACGGCCUGCUUUGAACCCGAGCCUUCCACGGGAGCAGGUCAGCCUCGCCGACCACGCCAUGAGCUGCCAGAGGAAAGGAACCCUUCAUGACAUCAUCGACCCGUUGCUAAACGGCAAGAUCGCACCUGACUGCCUGAAGAAGUUCGCCGAAACGGCAGAGAAGUGCCUGGCCGACCAUGGCGUGGACCGCCCGUCCAUGGGCGACGUCCUUUGGAACCUUGAGUUCGCGUUGCAGAUGCAGGAGACAUUUGAGAACGGCGGGAAGACGGAGGGAGCAGACAGCACGAGCGACAGCACCACCACUUCUGUGGCGGACAGCAUGGCUGCCAACGCCGCAGCGCUGUCGCUGAUCAGCGAGGAUAUGGACGAGGAGGACAUCGCUAACAGCGUGGUGUUCUCGCAGCUCGUCCGCCCAACUGGCAGGUGAGAUGGAUCGAUCGAUGGGCAUGGGAACGAGUUGUAUUAUUCGGCGGGGAUGGUAGGUGGAACAGGCCAUGCGUGCAUACCGUUUGUUUGGGACUGGGAUCGAUUUACUGGUGUUGAACUGUUCGUAUGUACGUAACAUGGGAGAUCAGGAUAUGUGUACAUGUGUUGCAUUAUUCUUGAUUUAUUAUUUGAUUCCAUUCUAGUUGUCUUACACUGGUCAGUUGUGAAAAAAGAGAGAAGAAAAGUUAAACCGCUAGUUUUUUUUU